GUGCAAAGAAGGUGUCCACUUUUUUUUCUUUAUUUUAUAUUCGUGAGAGUAGAGAAGAUAAUUUAUUCUUUCAGUAUCAGACACUGGCUUAUCAAAUAAAUUAAUCAGCAGUCGUGAUGGACUUUAUCCAUCGAUCUUCUGUUUUGUUUUCCGUGAUUUCCUGGUAGUCGUCGUAAGAGACUUCAACAGAUCACAACAGAGCGGAUUAUUACAAUAAAUCUCUCCACAGAUCAUCCUCGUAAACUCCGAUUUCAUGGACGUCUUUAACAAUAUGAAGAGCAUGUUACUGCUCUUUGUACUCCAAUUUUUCAUUGCCGGAAAAGCACUUAAUUACCAUUGUUUAUUUCUAUACCAAAUGUCAUACACUUGCAAUGAAGGGUGAAGUCAUGGCCUAGCAGUUGGAGAGUUUGACUCCUAACCCUAAGGUUGUGGGUUCGAGUCUCAGGCCAGCGGUACCACGACUGAGGUGCCCUUGAGCAAGGCACUGAACCCCCAACUUCUCCCCAGGUGCUGCAGCAUAAAUGAUGAGCACUGCUCCGGGUGUGUGUUCACUGCUGUGUGUGUGCACUUUGGAUGGGUUAAAUGCAGAGCACCAAUUCUGAGUAUGGAUCACCAUACUUGGCUGAAUGUCACAUCACUAUCUCAAAUUAGAAAAAAAAAGAGAGAGACAGGUCAUUGUGUGGAGCUCAGCUUUGAAGUGCUUCAGUGAUUAUACGAUCAAAGCAAGCAUUAAAGGGCUUCAGUUCAUCUGUGAGGGAGCUGUUACUGGUGUGUUUGAUGAGUCCGUGUCAGUGAAGGAGGGAGAAUCUGUCACUCUACACAGCGGUCUUACUGGAAUAGAGACAGAUGAUGUGAUACAGUGGAGGUUUGGCCCCCAAGGCACCCUCACAGCUCAAAUCAACAGAGCAGCCAAUAAGAGCAUUACAUUUGAUGAUGUUCUUGAAGGGAGAUUCAGAGGAAGAUUGAAACUGGACAAUCAAACUGGAGCUCUUACCAUUAGAAACAUCAGAACUGAACACUCUGGACUUUAUGAAGUAACCAGCAGCAAACAUAGUUUAAACAAGAUAUUCAAUGUCAGUGUUGUGCCUGUAGAUGACGUGAAGUCGGUGUCAGUGCUGGUGGGAGAUUCAGUCACUCUACACACAGAUCUUACUGAAAUACAGAGAGAUGAUGAGAUACAGUGGAGGUUUGGACAUCAAAACUCUCCUAUAGCUGAAAUCGAUAGAAAGGCUAGAAAAGUCUCUACAUAUGAUGGACCUGAUGGGAGAUUUAGACACAAUCUACAGCUAGACUAUUUGACUGGAUCUCUGACCAUCAAGAACAUAGGGAUCAGACACUCUGGACUGUAUGAAGUGGACAUCAGUACCAGCAGCAGCAAACACACCAUACACAAGUCAUUCAUUGUCAUGGUCAGCGGUGAAAUAAAGUCCGAGACAGUGAAGGAGGGAGAAUCAGUCACUCUACGGACUGGUUUUACUGAAGUACAGAUUUAUGAUUCCAUGACAUGGAUGUUUGGGGACACUGUCCUUGCUGUAAUCAAUAAAGGAGCUCAGCUUUAUGAUGAUGAUGAAAGAUUCAGAGACAAACUGCAGCUUGACAAUCAAACUGGAUCUCUGACCAUAACAAAAUGCACAAUCUCAAACUCUGGACUCUAUGAACUGAAGAUCCUAAGCAACAGACAAAAUGUACACCAGAGAUUCAAUGUUACUUUAAGUGUACCAGGUUCAUCAGACAAAACAGCGUGGAUAGUUAGUACUAUUCUGCUGGUGUUUGGAGCUGCAGCUGCUUGUGUGAUUUACUGUAUCUGCCUAAAACGUAAAGUAAAUCAUAUUACAGCUAAUACAAGCAAGGAAGGGCCGCUCAGCCGUCAGGACAAAGAGAAUGGGACUUUGGAUGCCCUUUUUCCAAAAGGCGAUGGAAUAAAGUCAGUGUCAGUGAUGGAGGAAGAAUCUGUCACACUGAACACUGAUGCUGAACUACAGACAGGUGAUGAGGUUCUGUGGAUGUUUGGAGACAAAGACACUGUCAUAGCUAAAACCAAAGGAGGGACCAGAGAGACCACCACAUCUAAUGGUCCUGAUGGGAGAUUCAGAAACAGACUGAAGCUGGAUCAUCAAACUGGAUCUCUGACCAUCACAAACACCAAGACUGAACACACGGGAGAAUAUAAACUAAAGAUCACCAGAAGUGGAAAUGUCUCAUUGAAGUUAUUCAGUGUUACUCUUUCAAAUGAAUAAUGAUUUAAUUUUAGAUUAUAGAUCAGGGUUGCUUGUUCUUUUCCCCAGAGACCUAGCUUUCGGUUUAGUUUAGUCCGACCCUAAUCAGUGGUGGCUUUAAACCAUUUUUUAGCCAGUAAAGAUACUGGUUUGGCACUAAUUUUGGCCACCACUGUAGAACAAACGUUUUUUUAAUGGUUGCAAGGUAAGUAAAAGUUAGCUAAACCAAAUGCAGCACAUGAUAGACACUAUUCAAUUUGGAACACAGCAGAUGAGCACAGGGCUCGCAAACCUCAGUUCUGGAGAGCCACAGUCCUGCAGAGUUCAGCUCCAAUACACCUGAACAAGGUCUGAAGGGUUACUACAAAGCUACAGGCCGGUGAGGUUUUAUGAAGUUAAAGCUCAUGUUUACAGGACUGAAGUUCACCACACAUGUACCAGCAGAUUAAUGUAAUUUCUGUGUCUCUGUAUUUGUAAAUAGUUCAUUGUGUGUACAAGUAUAGAAGAGGAAAGGCGUUUGUUGUCUUCAGUGCAUUACAGUUGAGAACCUUCCACUGUCUUACUGUUACUUUGUCAAGAGCAGUUACGGUAUGGACUAUUUUCACAGGAUUGUGAUGAAUCAUUUCAACAGUCAAGUUUUUUAAAUAUUUUAAUUUGAAAGAUAAUAAUAAUCUAUGUUCAUUUCUAAAACAAAACUUUUUAUUUAUUUUUUUACAUUUUUUUUAAAAAGGUACAUUUGCCAGUACAUGAUUCAUCAACACAUCUGUAAUGCAUUAAUAAUAUUUUCAGUAUUUUUCAACACUAUCAUACAUAAACUUUAUUGUGUAAUGUUACAAAAUGUGUUGGUUUAGUUAAAACUAGCUUAAAGAAAGCAAUAUGUUACUGUUGUUCGUAAUAAAUUUAUAUUUGGGAGGAUUUUUCAGUCAUUUGUGUUUUACAUUUGACUUUUGAUUAAUUUGAAAACAAAAAAGCACACGCACAUUAUGCACAUAUUGGUUUGAUACUAUUUUUCUGAGAUUUAUUUGAUGGAGUUUGCCAUUGAGACAUCAAUUAAGGGCUAUAAAAUGCUCUUUUAAAUGUUUUCAGAAAAGUAAUUUUAGUGUUGGAGCUUAAAAUACAGUCACAUGCUAAACUCCUCAAAUAUAAUCAUAAUCUAGAAAGUGUGGCACCAGCAAUAGCAAGGUCAUGUGUUAGAUUUUCAGGAAAAGCAAGAACUGGUAAAAAUGUGAAUGUGUACAUUGGAUGCAGUGUAAGCCACGAUAAAAGCAUCCCCAAAUAUGUAAAUAUUGUCAAAACUGUAUGGCAAAUCGUUGUAUAUUCAUGUGAUAUUAAAAAGCUGGAAUAUUGGA